GACCAGUCAGUGACAUAAUGUCGCUGUUUAUGAUAUUGAAAUAUGCGAAAAGCUAUUACCAUGAGUUUUUCAACUUCGCUUUAUCUUUUACGAGGAGUUUCCCUUUGAACAGUAUUAUUAGUUUAUAUUUAUAAAAAAGGAGUAAUUCCUUAUUUGACCGAUCCUCACGACUUGUGAAAUUAGUACUCGCGGUCAUUGUUGGGUGAUUCUAGCUGAAUUCGGUUCAUUUGUAAAUCUUGGUGUUCUUUUGAUUUACUAGGUUGCCAUUGUUAAUAUGAAAAACAAAUAUACUCCUGUUUCAGAUUCUGAUGACUCUUUCAAAGUGCUCAAUGAUGAAAAGGCAAAUAGUCAGUCGUCUCCUUCUGAUGGUACUCCGUAUUCAGCGUCAAACAAACUUAUCGAUUUAGAAAUGGCUGACGGAUCCGCUCAGAAUUCCGCCGAAUUACCCGAAAAUAAUAUUAGGUCUGACCCUUCGCCAAAUAAACAGUGGUGGAAAACACCUGUCAUGGGUACAGUGACUAUUAUAACUACUAUAUAUAAUCUUGUUUUUCUAGCCAUAGUUUUUGGUUACAAGGUUUCUCCGUAUUCGAAAGCUUUUUACGGGCUUGCUGGCGGUUCUAUUGGAUCUAUUAGUACUUUUCUCCUUGCAAUUCUUUAUAUAUAUCCGGAAUGGUACAGGCAAGCUGGAAGAGCAGUAAUGCAAUUAGGAUGAGCAACAAAGAAGUACGUUAAGGAAGGGGAGGAGCGUCAACUGUGUGUAAAGCGCUAAUUACCCUGAUAAGUUUGAAUGGAGUCGGGGGUUAUGUUUUGAAAUCGUCAGGAGGCUUUGAUUAUAUACAUUCAGCCGCGGUAUUGGUCGUUUUGAUCGUAUUGAACAUAUGCUUGUUUUUUCUUUUCAUUCGAAACCCAAUUGGAUUUGAAAAUAUAACACAUAUCCCACCUACAGUAAGGGAAAUUUAGUUUUGUUAAGUUAGAAACUUUCAUUUAAUUUGGGAAACAGCAGAAUUAGCAGGAAUGGUCCACCUUGUAAAGAAGAAAUCGAAUUUCAGCCUCUUCUCCUAAUAUCAUUGCUUAUGUAUCGUUCAUUUUCUUCGUGAAUACGACACCUAUUUCAAUGAUUAUUCGUAUAUUCUGGCGAUUUUAUGUUCGUAAUAAAUUCAUUUUUAUUUAAAGACCGUGUGCCCCAUGCUAUUGCAUUUUUUUCAUAAACCACGAGCAUGAGA